AUGAAGUGGGGUAUUUUGGGCGCAGGUAACAUUGCUGGCAGAUUCGUCAAGGACUUGUUGCUUGAUGAGCUGGAGCACAAGCACACAAUAGUAGCUAUUGGCAGUUCGCUGGUGGAAAAGGCAAAGAAGUUUCUGGAGGCCAAUGGCAUUGUGGCCGAGAAGAAUCAAGGGGUGUUGCCUCAACUCCAGGAAAAAAGUGAUUUUUUCAAGAACCCUGACGUUGAGAUCGUCUAUGUUGCUACUCCUCAUGUAUUUCAUGAGGAACAGGUGCUUGAGGCAUUGAAGAACAAGAAGCACGUUCUCUGUGAGAAGCCUUUCACGGUCACUGGAGAACAGGCUCGAAGAGUCUUCGAGGCUGCUGAAAAGGCCGGUGUUUUUGUCAUGGAGGGUGUAUGGACGAGGUUUAUUCCAGCAGUAUUGAAGGCUAAGCAAUGGGUUUUGCAAGAGAAGUUGAUUGGCGACAUCAAACGCUGCAACGGCGACUUUUCCAUUUACUUGGACAUGGACACUUUGCCGGCCUCCUCUCGUGCUAGAGAUAUCAAUUUGGCUGCUGGUGCUACGUUGGACGUCGGCAUCUACCCAUUGACAUAUACUCGGAUCUUUUUGGAUGAAAAAUUGGGCAAAAACGCUACCCCUUUCGAGACAAAAUCGUUCUUGACCAUUGACGACUCCGAUAAGGUUGACCAUGUCAGUACCAUUAUUGUCAAGUACAAAGAUGGCAAGCAUGGUAUCGCCACAAGUUCCAAUUAUACGGCAGCUCCGGAGAGGUUUUUGAGAUUGGAAGGCACCAAGGGCACAUUGGAGCUCUACGGGAACCCAGCAGCGCCAAAGCAAGCGAAAGUGUUUGACCAAGACGGUAACCUCGUGAAAGAGCAUCUUGACAAAGACUCCUUUGACGGGUUCAUUCAUGAGGCCAACGCUGCAGCCGAGGCUGUCAAGGCUGGUAAGACUCAGGCAGACGCAAUUCCUUGGGACGAAACCGUCUUAAUGAUGGACACCAUGGAUAAAGUCAGAUGGGAGAACGGAUUCUUCUACCCUGGAGAGAAGCACUGA